AUGGAGAAAUCAGCUAAAAGAGAGGAGAUAAAGAAGAUGACUAGAAAACCUGAAAAGUUUUGUAGUUUUGUGAUUGGAGGGGCAGCAGCAGUGCUGUCAAAGACUGCUGCAGCUCCAGUUGAGAGAGUGAAGCUUCUGUUACAAAAUCAAGGAGAGAUGAUUAAGAGGGGACAACUCAAAACACCUUAUAUGGGUGUCCGCGAUUGCUUCAAAAGAAUCUUUAGAGAAGAAGGAGUGCUGUCAUUCUGGAGGGGUAACCAGGCUAAUGUCAUUCGAUAUUUCCCUACUCAGGCUUUCAAUUUUGCAUUCAAAGGUUAUUUCAAAAGCCUUUUUGGACAUUCAAAAGAGAAAGAUGGUUAUAUAAAGAGGUUUGCUGGAAAUGUGGCUUCAGGUAGUGCUGCUGGAACAACGACUUCAUUGCUUUUUUAUCAUUUGGACUUUGCACGUACCCGGCUAGGGACUGAUGCAAGGGAAUGUUCAAUUAAUGGUCAACGACAAUUCAAAGGGUUACUAGAUGUGUACAGUAAAACUCUUUCAAGAAAUGGAAUUGCAGGACUAUAUCGAGGAUUCGGGGUUUCAAUCAUGGGGAUAACUAUGUAUCGUGGCAUGUAUUUUGGCAUCUACGACACCAUGAAGCCCAUCAUUUUGGUGGGACCUUUUGAGGGAAAUUUCUUUGCUAGUUUCCUGUUGGGCUGGAGCAUCACCACAGUCUCUGGGGUGUGUGCAUACCCUUUUGACACUUUGAGACGUAGAAUGAUGCUUACUUCUGGACAACCCUUGAAUUAUCGCAAUUCCCUGCAUUCCCUGCAUGCACUUCAUCAGGGUUUCACAACACUAUACCGAGGAGUUACUGCAAAUAUGCCUGCCAGUAUUGCAGGAGCUGGAGUACUAGCAGGCUAUGAUCAGCUGCAGAGAAUUGCAGUUAGUCGCGGUUAUGGCAUCGACUCUCGCAAAAAUGUAUUGAAGUAAAAUCCUAAAGAAUAUUUUUUUCUUUUUUCUAGUUGAUUCUUGUACAUAAUGGUCAUCUACAAUUGUGAAAAGAAUGAGAUUGAGAAGGGAAAGAGGAGCUGGAAAAGGAAAUCAUGGGCUUCAGUGGCGGAUUCCACCCUCAAUGCAGAAGGCGAUGAAAGGAUAUCAUGUGCAUUAUUUUCUGUAAUAUAAUAUUUACAGAAUCAGAGUUGAAGCAGGAUAAGAAAUUUACUUCAUCUUUAGUUCACUUUGAAAGUGUGUUGAAACUUUGAUAUUAUGGUUGUUUUAGUUAAAUAUAAUAAAAAAAAAAAAAAAAGAAAGGAUCUUGAGAAUACUUGAAUGCAAGUUGCGACUCACUGUUUGGUCUAAACUAGGAGAACUUUAUGAUUCUGAUAAUAAAAAACGUACUCCAGCUAAAAUAUAAUAUAAUACAUUAGUAAAAAAUAGUGCAAGUUCACAGCAUCCCAACCUAGUCAAUUGCCUGUAUGAUUCUCAUACUCUAAAGCUUUCCACAGGCAAAAUAAAUUAAUACAUUAAUUAUUAAAAUCCAGUGCAAAUUGAAAGCAUCUGAAUCUAGCCAGCCUGAGAGCUGUGCACAUUACUAAUAAAAACUGAAAUCUAUGCACCAAAACGGCAAUAACAGUCAUCCGUUCGAAUUGUUUAUCCAUUUGCAUUCACAACUUGAUAUAUAUAAUAAUGGCCUA